CUACCCGUAUUCAAACUACGAGUUUGAGAGCUUUGCUUUGUUUUAUGCCGAAACUUAUAAUACCUUAAAGUUGUAAUGGAUGCGACUUCGGAAUUUCUUGUGGAGCAGCCGGUUUUACUAAAUUCUAAUCAAGGAACUUUGGGUGAAGCUGGAGACACUGUCUCUUAUAAGGAAACUUUAGAAACUACUGCUGAAGAGUCAGGAGACAAAAUAUUAAAUUUACGUUGCGAGGAUGCGAAAGGUGUCAAGUCGUCACCCAAUCCUGAUCUUACCGUAAAUGUUGAAAUUCAAUCUUCUGAUGUCGCUUUGAACGACCCUAAUCCUGUUUACGCGAGCACUUCAGAACCUGCAAGUCAAGAAAACGUUGAUAGCAAUAAAGAAAAUCACUUAACAAGCGGUGAUAAUUUAAAAACCAAUGUAAAUUCAGUAAGAUCCGGUGGAAAAAACACAGAAAGAGCAUAUCCUAAAGAGAAAUCACGCUUUACACGACCUUCUGGUAAGUUUGCGCGAUUUAGAUCAGGUAUUGACGGUAGAAAUAAUAUAAGUUCCAUCGCUGGCUCCUCUGUCGCUGAAAAUAUUUCGGAUAACUUAGACUUCGAGACGAGGCUUGCCCAUAAUUGUAAGUUAGCUCCCGGAAGAAAUUACACUAAUGUUUCAGAUCGUCCUUCCGAAAGGGUUUAUCAGAGGUUUAUACGGAGUACUAGGCGUGAAAAAACUCUGGCAAGUAAUUCAACGGAAGUACCCGACUCACAAUUAGACGACCUGAACACAAGUUUAAAAGAACAAAGCAACAAUGUAUCCUCCGAACUUCACUCGGUUCGCAGAAAUAGAGAGUUUACGCGGUCUGAAGGAAGGAGAAGAGGCAUGGACAAGCGCAUUUCAGGAAACAUAGAAAAUGAAGUUCAACCUUCACUAAUUGAGGGGGAAAACACUGUUAAAGGUCAAUUACUUAAACCUCGUCAAAAUCGAUUCAAUUCUUUUCGCGGUCGGUCUUUUGAUUAUGACGGUUUGAGAAUUCUUCUUGUUACUCACGUUCAAGGCCGUUUUACUUUGCUCGAUAGGAUGGCGAAAACUAUUGGAGCAGAUCUUGUUAUUAAUUCAGGAAAUUUUGGCUUUUUUGAUGAAGAAAGUUAUGAUAGUAUGCCGCCCAGGAAACUUUUCUUUUUGUUAAGGAAGUCAUAUAAGUACAAGCUUAACCAAGAGGAAAGAGAUGCUUUUUAUAAUUUUUCAGUGGAUGCGUGUCGUCGGGAAUUAAAGCGUCGACUUCUCUUCAGCGAACUCCCGCUUCUUUUGAGUGGAGAAUCUGCACUUUCUGUGCCUAUUUACACGAUAUGGGGUGAAAAUGAAGAUGUUCGAGUGCUUGAAAAGUUCCGUACAGGAAAAUACAACGUUCGGAAUCUUUUUAUUCUCGAUGAAAAGCAUUCCUAUAGAAUUCAAAAUUUCCGUCUUUUUGGCUUGGGCGGCGCUUUCCGGUUGCAUAAGCUCUUCGAUAACGGGAUCGGCAAGCACACGAUAGCCGGCGAAAUAGGCACCAUGUGGACAACCCUUAUUCAGAUUGCCGAAUUACUGACGACUAGUCGACGCAUUCCGUACGAUCCCACUGAAGUGCGGAUCUUCGUAAGCUACACGGGGAGCAUAACGCAGCCAAUGGUCACACAGCUCACCCUGCAGCUGCGGGCAGCCCUUGCCAUCCGCGGCCAACUUCGCUCACGUGCGCUGACCAUGUAUAGCGACGCAAGCAUGUAUGACACUGAGUCGUGGUUGGCGAAGUGCCAAGCUAUGCAGGACGAAAUUUUUGAUUACUGGGAGAAGCUCGAGCCUCAGAUCUGCGAGAUUUGCACAGAGAAAGAGAUUGCAGCUUUUAAGCGUGUUUUGCUUUUUGUUAAGAAAAUUCCUAAUCUCAAAGUUAUGAGGACCAUUUACAAUAUAAAUCCUCCAUAUUUGAAUGCUGGCCGCGCUGUUCUCACACUCUCCCGCGACAAUUUCCAUUUGGAGACCGUCACUAAUUCUUUUCUCCCAAGAGUGGAUUAUCGAACUCGUAAUUUUCAAAACGCCUCACGAGUUUAUAGACAAUCGCGUCGCAAAGAAAUGCCGGAGAACGCCGCUGAUCUAGUUGAUGGUCGGCUUCCGAACAACGUUGAAGAAUCUACAGGUCAAAUUUUAAAUCGUUGAGCUUUUAAAAAAAUAAAAUCU